CACAAAAUAUUCUAUGGCCCCAUCUUUGCCCAUUUAUUCCACAUCUAUAUGCAACUCUUCAACACAAUCUUCCUCCCAUUCCUUCAAAACAGAGAGAUUCAUACCCUCACACCAAACAAAACAGGGGAAGAAGCUAAACAGAGUAAAUUUUCCAAUAGAAGAAGAAGCAAUUAGCAAAGCCAAUUCAUAAGCCAUGGUUUUGAUUUCUCAAUCCCAAACAGAGUUACCCUUAAACGAGAAUGAUUCACAGGAUAUGGUCAUAUACCAAGUUCUCAAUGAAGCCAGUGCUCUGAGCAACACUUUUCAGAAUCAGAGGCAGCAGCACCAAGGCUUAGAAGCCACAAGGAGCAUCGCCAAGAAGCAUUACAGAGGGGUGCGCCGCCGCCCCUGGGGGAAGUAUGCGGCGGAGAUUCGUGACUCGGCACGCCAUGGAGCGAGGGUGUGGCUUGGCACGUUCCAAACUGCUGAAGAAGCUGCCAUGGCUUAUGACAGAGCAGCUUUCAGGAUGAGAGGUUCCAAGGCGUUGCUCAAUUUUCCAGCUGAAGUUGUUGCUGCUGCUGCUGCUGCUGCAUCUUCCACGAAGAUGGAGUUGAAGAAAUUGAAUAGCAAUCAUGAUUCUGAAUCAAGUGCUAGCAGCUCAUGCAUUUCCAAUUCCAAUUCAAAUUCCAAUUCCAAUUGGGUGAAUAGUACUCAGUUUGAAAGCACGAGUAGCACUGGAAGCUAAGCUUAUUGGAGAAAAAUGAAAAUAGCUUCUUCUUCUGAAGAAGAUUUUUUUUUCUGAAAUGGGUUGGUUUGGUUUAUUUGUAUCUGUCUACGAAACAGGGGAAGAUAAAUUGAAUUUGAAUGUGAUUCAUACUAAGAUUAGUUCAUAAAUAUGUUAAAAAGUUCACUGUA